GUCCAAGCUAUGGAGACUAUGUGAAAGACGAAAAGAAAUAAAAGAUAAAUUCGGGAUCAGGGGCAAUACCCAGCCGCAGUUAAAUCUCCGCUAAUCUCAGACAAAAUCUGCACUAACCUGGCCAUGAAGGCGCUCAUACCUGUCCAGCGCCUCCGUCUCGGCCACAUUCUCGUAGGGCUCCCAUGUCUCCUCCCCGCCUUUCCACUUCACAAGCACUUUCACGCUGCCGUUAUUCAGCUUCCUGUGGCCGCAGAUUUCCUCUGCCUCCCACUCUUCCUGCCAUUGCCGAGCUCCGUUUUGAGUGGCGUCAACGGUCCUGAGCUUGGCGUGAUACCUCGUCCUAAUAGCGCCGGCGGUACGCCCCGGGAGAUGCUUGGCGAUCGCGAGUCAAGACAGCCCCUCCCCGAAGUUGAAGUCGACUUUCGAGUUGGCCGGUAGGUUCUCGGGCUUCGGGGACUGUAUGCUCCUUUAUCUCGCCGGGCUCUGCUUCUAGGCAGAGGGAGCGGAGCUUCGAUCCUCUAUAAUCCCGUGCUCUCUUCCAUAGCUUGUAUACAGGUUCUAGGUGAACUAUACUAUAAAGGUAGGCGACGAACCGUAUAUCAUAACGUAUUUGAGGACAGCGUUCCUAAGGAGCCAUUCCUCGAACGUUACGAUAACGUUUCUAUCUACUUUAGUAUCUCUUUCUAGGGUGGAUUCUAGGCUAGAGUCUUAUAGCAACGGCGGAUAGGUAGUAUGACGGUAUGGUGCAUUCAACAGGGUCAAGCCGGCUGUUCGUGACACUCAAUUCCAU